ACCGUUGGCGGGGGCGGGGCCGGCAGCCGUUUGGCGGGCGGGUUGAAGAUGGCCGAGGCGGCCGGCUGCUCUCCGGGCGAGGCGGGCGGCGGCUGGAUACCGCCCCCGCCGGCCGAGGUGGAAGCGGUGGCCGCGGACUGGAUGCUGGAGUUCGCCUGCUACUGCCUGUGCCGGCGCUUCCGGGAGGGGUGCGCGGCCGAGUUCCGGCGGUGGAGGGACGUGGCGCAGGCUCUUAUUAAUCGCCUCUCCAAAAUACCUACACAUCAGAAAAAAACAGUGUAUCUCUGUCAGCUUUUGAUAAGAAUUGCAGAAGGAAAAAACCUUGAAUGCCAUUUUGACAAUGAUCAAAGAAUUUCACCUUUGGAAUCUGCUCUGUCUUUCUGGAUUUUACUUGAAAGGGAAGAAAUUAAACUGGAAAAGAUUCAUGAAGAUAUUCAUUGCUUGAUUCAAAUUCAGAUUGUAGCAGUCCAUAUGGAAAAUGGAUAUUUCAGGGAGGCUGCUGAAGUUCUUGAAAGGCUAUUUACAGACUCGGACUCAGAUAAGCCUUUAAGGGUGAAGCUGGCAACCGUAAUUAAAAGCAAGGAUCCAUAUGUUCCCCUUCUCCAGAGCUUCAGUUACAAUCUUUUGAUAAGUAAAAUCAAGUCUUACGUUGAACUUUAUAUGAAAGAAAAUGAAACUAACUUCUUAAUACAGGCAGCCACAAAACAGGUAGAAUCUGAAGGACUGGGAGCAACAGCAUUACAAAACAAAACUGUGAAUGUCAACGAAAAUGACAAAGGGAAUUUGGAAACAAAAGAAAGAUCAAUGGAAGGGCAACAGAGAUUUACAAAUCAGUCAGCUGAAGACACAAAAAAACCCACAAUAAGGCCUCGUCCAGGAUGGAAACACGGAGUGAGCAGAGUUCUUCAGAGUCUGAACAGCUUGCAAAAUGUGGAAGAACAUGAAGAUGCUUUGGCUUGUGGCCGAAGACGACAGCGAUGGACUUACAAAGAAGACUUGGAACUGAAAUCAGGAGUAAAGGAGUUUGGAGUGGGUAACUGGGCUAAAAUUUUGGUCCAUGGUGACUUCAACAACCGAACUAGCGUCAUGUUAAAAGACCGGUGGAGAACACUCUGCCGGCUUGAACAAGUCUAAUUUGGACUACAGGAAUCAACUCUUCUUGACCUGCCUAUACAUAAGGACCUAGUCCAGCUUUUCAGAAUAAUUUAUUUUAGUCUCAGAGUGUCCAGCAGUGUUGCUGUCCUAAAACAUGAAACAGAAUAGUAAUAGGUAUAAAACGGUCAUGUAGGCUCACUUGCUGGGAGGACAACUAAAAUGUAAAGCCUGGCCUUUUAUCUACACGCAAUAGAUGACCUAAUUUCUGAAAUGUGAGAACGCUUGCAGUGAUUUAAGAAAGGUCAGUUUGUACAUAGAGGUAUUAAAUGACUGGCAACAUGUUUAGCUUGAUAGAGGCUAAUAUGGAGCCGAGUGUUCUGUAUUUUUAAAGGGUUGUAUCUCUAGUCAGAUUGAGCUUUUUACCAUUUUACUUCCUGCCAUAUAACCCAUCUGAAUCUGAUUUGCUUCACUUUGCAAUUUUGGUCAGACUUACCAUCUCUGUCAGCAAGUUACACCAAAAAUUAUGUAUUGAUAUUGCUAAUUUUACAAACUUACUCCUUUUUUUGCAGUUAAAAAUGUGAUAAUCCAUGUGAUUUUGUAUUUAUAAGUAGAAAGGUGCUGCUUUUUUAAAUAAGCUUAAGUUCUAGGCAGAAGGUGAUGUUGAUGAUGAUUAUAUAUAUUGACAUAAUAGCACUUUUUAUCUCGUAGAAGAGAUGGAAAACAUGGAAAGUAACAGUAUGAUACUAGCUCUUAAUAUCUCUUGAUAAUCUUGUGCCACUUACCUUGUCUUGAGAAGUGCUGCCUUCUAGACCAGCAGGAAAGGGAAAACUCAAAAACGAAUGGCGAAAGUGGGGCUCAGUAACGAGUCUAUACUGACACUGAUAGCAGGGCUCAUGAGACGGGUUUCAUCUGUGCUCCCUAGUGUCUGUGUCUGCAGUGAUAGCAAGCAAAGAUACGCUCUGAUAGGGUGACUAUCAAGGUGUCAGUCGGUCACUGUAAAUGUCCUGCUCAUGAGAGGCUGUAACAGAUGGAUGAUGGUGCUAUGCUGUCUCUCCACACAGGUUGUGUGGAAGAGUUCCACAACCUCAGAAAACCCCUACUUUCCACUGUCAUACUGGUGUGAAUCUAGGGACUUGAACUAACGUAUCACAGCAUUCUUUUAAAAGUGAAAUCUUUUCAGAUGUUUUCUGUACCUUUGUCCUUGGAUAAGGUUUUUAUUUUACAAGAACUUUACAAGAAAAAGCCUCUGUCCAAACUGGUCAUGAUAAAACAAGCCUCUCUAUUUUUCCUGCCUACAAGGGAAGAGAGGUGUUCCUGAAGGCUGAAAUGUUCCGGAAGUAUUAAGAUAAUCUCUCUGCUUUCUGUUUUGGAGGCCUGCUUCCAUUAAGAUAAAAUGAUAAAGUACAGUUACAAAGGUUUCUUUCACACUGUUUUUGUGGACAGGACCUCAGCCAGAGCUCCUUCCUCAUUCUUGCCACCAGACGCUACGGUUUCUUCUUGCAGCCGCUAAAACCAGAGGCAAGAAGUAGUCUUUAGGUUCCACAGAGAUGCUACAUGUCUUAACAGUAAAUUUUCUCAGCCCUAAGGCAUAAUUUCUUUUUAGCAAACAUUGUGAAUUUCAGGAUCUUGUUAAAAUACAGGCUUUGUCUUUCAGCACCAGAUUCUUUCAGGAAUGCUAGAGCAGCUGUAAGCCAACAGUUUAAAAAGUCAUAAUAGGUAUCUGACAAGUGAGAAAUGCAGUAUGCAGCCUCUUUAAUGCUGUAACUAUAAUGCAAGGUAAGUAAUAGGUAACAAAACAAGGAUUUGAGCUACGUGCGUAGCAGUCUUGCCAGUGCUCUAAUAUUUCAGGUUUCUGUGUUAAUCAUUGUACCUGAGUGGGUUUAACUAGUAAAAAGUAAAUUUUACUUUUUAUUUUAGUAAAGUAAGCUUUAGUCACAAAGUCUUGUUUAGGUUCGUCUGCCAUGAAGUUCACACUGCGUUAGUGACAUGAAGGUCUGAGCUGCCUUAACAACGCUGACUAGUCACACUUCUUUAUGGAGGUGGCUGAACUUGAAAACUGCGGUGUAGUGGAAGAAUACUUGUUGACUUGUAGUAUAAAGAGCUAUCUAGACGAUAUUGGUAAGGAGCAAAGGAUCUAAACUGAAAUACGGUUUUAGCUCUCAAACUUUCAUUUUUAUUCACCCUUGCUAUUUAGUGAUGACAGUAUCUAUUCUCAGACUUGAGAAUGUUUGGCUGGCUCACCACCACGCAGGAGCAGUGCCCAUAGACAGGGCUGUAAAGAAUGAGAACUUCAGGAAAAGCAGCUACUACGGUUAGAAACACUAGCUCUUUAAUUGCAAAAGAGAAACAUGGAAACAUGCUUCUAGUGUUCUAAUACAAAGAUCGGUCUUAGCUUUUUCUAUUAAGGCAGAGAGAGUUUCCUGAAAUGCUUCUUCCAAAGUUCCGACUCCUUUAAAGUUCGGUUAGUCUCCAGAAAACGCAGCAGAAAGAUGUAGGUCUCUUGGCAUUGGUGUUAAUUUUCUUAAUCUUUUUGUUGUUGCUGUUUUAAAGGUCUUUUAAACUUUUAUGUAAAAAUAAAGCUAUGCACAAGGGGGCAUGAACAGUG